AUGGAAGUGGAUGGAAAUAUAAGCUUACGAUUGAAAAGUCGAAUGGCAUUCUGGAUAGUGAUCCUGGUAUUUUCUCUAGUUUUACCGGAUGGAGUAUUUACUAGCCAUAUGUCCACCAUCGACGAGCGCACUGGCAUCAGUCCUCGUGACAGUGCAACAAAUACCCGGAUGUCAAGUAGAAAUACCCGGACUAGGAGCGGAAUACAAACUGCAGCGAGCUCUAGCCGAUCAAGUGGUCGUUUAGAAGAUCAAAGGGGAACCAACCGAUGUUUUCCAGGACGAACGUGUGAUCAGACACCUGCUCGAACGAGAUCAUCUGUACGGACACAGGGGCGUGUUGUCCCAACAUCACAGGGAUCACAAAGAAGGACACCAUCAUUGUCGUCACGUACAAGAGUUGCAUCUCGGACCAGUGGAUCGUCAGGUGCAAGCGGUUCGUCACGCACGAGUGCGUCGUCAAGAGCUAGCGUGUCGUCACGUGCGAGAGCAUCACCUCGCACUGUAGCUGUGUCUCGUGAACCAGCACGUACAGCUGUUUCUCGUGGACCAGCACGUACAGCUGUAGCAGUGAGGGAUCGUGUGACGUCACGUGGUAGUAUUUCAUCUCGUGGAGGCGUUGCUAACACGCCUGCGCGUGAGGGUGUUGCUGUACGAUCAAGAUUGUCUUCUCGUUCUGGUGUGUCGUCUCGUGUGUCUUCACGAGCGGGUGGAUCUUCAGUGGCGAGAUUCCCCCAACGUAGUGAACAAUUACGCCCGACUGAUUCGUCUCGGAGCAGUGCACGUAGUUCAUCUUCAUCAGGAGUUGCAGUGCGUGAUCCGUCUUCCACCGGAACGCGAGUUUCAUCACGUGGUAUGUCGCGUGGAUCAUCGUUGCGGUCAUCUUCCUCGCGAGCCUCAUCUUCACAGGCCGGCACAACAUCAAGGGACUCGUCACGCGGGACCUCCAAACUGUCAUCACGUGGUAGUUCUGUAGGGGUGAAUAGGGUAUCCUCUCGAUUAAACUCAGGACAGACAUCCUCACGUAGGAAUACUGGUCAAAGGUCAAAUAGAGUACAGCAAACACGAACAUCAUCUUCCCAAAGAAUAAGAGGGAGUAAUGAGCGAAGCCGCCAAAACACUCGUAGCGGUAAUACUAAUUCGGGAUCCGGUAUUGUUGGUAAUAAUGUUCUACCUCCAUCAGUUAAUAGAUUUCUAAAAGAACUUAAAGCAUCUAUGCCGGCAUCAGUAGGCGUUGGUGUCGGAAUGAGUAUGGCGAACGGAGCAAGUUCCACCAACACCAGACAAUCUUCCGGGCGCAGAUCUAGUUCAUCUGGUUCAAGCUCUUCUGGUGGUAGCGGUAUAGCAGUGAAUCAACGUGUGUCUGAAAGUAGUUCUAGGAGAGCAUCACCUGGUCAAAGGUUUGGCAGUCGAGGACCUCAGAGAGUCAUAUCUGUCGACAGGAUACAGCCAAUUAUUCGGCCAACAUUUAAUGACGCUGGGUUAGGUAUCAAUGACCCGCAAUUCGCAAUUCAAGACAAUUUGCUACAGACAGAUGGACUUAUUUCGAAUGGUUUUUCGUCUGACCCUCAGGAUGUAUCCGUAUCCGGAAAUAACAAUCAAGCUAGUCCCUCCAUGGCAAUAAAUGAUCUUUUAUCACAAAAUUCACUUGAUCUUGCUGUACCAUUAUCAACGAGAAAUCAGCCCAUAAUUCAUAAUCUGGAUCAGUUUGUGUCGCGUCAACAAAACCAGAUUGCUCCAGACAUCCCUCAGACAUUUUCACAAGGUCCUAUCAUUGGUAUACACGAUCACGUUACCAACGGCAGGACGGCUGUUGGUGUAAUGAACGAUCAGAUGCAAACAAACGAUCAAAGGAUCGUCACAGAUAUGCAAGGAAUACAGACUCAAACACGACCAGUCGACUCAGUCGUUAGUAUUAGACAGAAUGUUUUAAACACUGGUCAAGGACAGGGUCAAAUGUCAACAGAAUCCGUAGCCGUUGAUCCUAUCCUUAGGAAUGAUCAGAUUAUUCAAGGCAAUUCAGCAAGUAAUGUUUUCGGACACGUGGUUCAGAGCCAGGGUCAUUCGCCAGUUCAACAAGUGCAACAAUCCAUUCAACCAACCCAGGACUUAUCAUGGCAACACCAACAUCAGAGUCAACAAGCUCAACCGACAUUUGUCAACAGUAACAAUGAGGGCGUAAUGCAGCCAAUAAUUGGUUCAAACACAAUGCAAAUCCCUCAACAGCCUCUGAGCCCCCAAGCAGCCAUUGCUGGUAUUCCAUUGCAAGAGACUAGGAAUGCAGGAACAUUCGAUCUUCGACCAACAUUAGGAUCCAGCAUUAUACACAAUAUCCAUACGGGUGUUGCUCAGCCAGCAGGUGCAAGCAUAUCUAUACAGUCUGGGAAUCAGCCACAACAAACAGGCAUUCAACAAAAUCAAGUCCAUACUCCUGUACAUCACAGCGGACCAGUACAGCAACAUAUUGGAGUAAACCCCCAACAGCUUGGAAUUCAGAACGGCGGAUUAGAGCGACAAUCUCUCGGGGUAUCACAAACGCAAGUAGGUCCUACUCAAGUCGUUGGUGUGAAUCAAAAUCGAUUUUCUUCAAACAUUAAUGACAUGCAACAAAGUUUUCCGAUUCCAAAUGCGCCAGUGCAAGAUCUUACUCAAGUUCAACAAGUUCAAGGUCAGGUGGCUCAAGGCCCAAUCGUCAUCGGAAGUCCUGGUUCUGCUGGUCAGUUUAUUACACCUCAGCCACUGGACAAGUUACAAAGUCAAACGUUCCAAAAUAACCAUAUACAAACUUCUGGUAUCAUUCAUCAAAACCAAAAUGUCAAUCAAGCUUUAAAUCCUCAAUUGAUAUCAGGUCAAGUUCAAUCAGUAAUAAAUAAUCAUGCUGGAGGGAUGCCUGGGCAAGCUCCUGCAUCACAUUCGAAUAUACAGUCUCAGCAGCAACUGCUUCCGACAAGAGAGGAAGCCACCUUCACGCAACCAUUACACCAAACAGUCAAUCAACGAGCAGGUCUAGCGACUGGUGACUCAAAUACACAACCGGUAUCAAAUAUCUUAAAUUCUAAACCACUGAAUGCUCUUUCAGCUCAUGUAUUGAGCAGACUUGGAAAUGCCCAGACGGUUCACGAUAUCCACAGAAUUCUUACUGGUCAACCAUCAAGUGUUGUAACCUCUAAUCAAUCCCCUACAGGUUCAGUUGGAACGAUAGGUGGUCAGACAUUCCACGGAAUCGCACCGGCUGCCCCAGUGACUCAAUCACCAAAUAGCAUGUCAACGCCUGAUCCAAAGCGAAUGGUCAUCCAGAUAGACCCUAACUCCAAAGGAGUGAAGAUUGUCCCUGAUGGAAUGGGUGGAGUUAGAGUUAUAAGUCUUCGUGAGGCAGUGACUGUUAGUCCUUUUGGUAACGAAAACCGGACAGGAAUAAUGGCUUUAUACGAUACACCGUCACAGGGUCCACAACCCCCCUUGUCUGUCCCUCUUGGUUCGGUCAUCAACAGCCAAACAGUUUCGUUAAAUACCGCCGUUAACAAAAAGCCAAUUGCAAAGACUCCUAUAUAUGGGGAAAUGGAACCGGAAAUAAACACAGGAGUUACUGAUAUUCCAGAAGAAAUUGAGAUAAAUGGUACUAGUCUUGAUGCGACGCCCCCAAAUGCCGGUCUCGACGCUGGUGCACUACCAACCGCUCCAACUGUACCUUCUGCAGCUUUGCUACCUGUGACCGCAGCAAUGAUGCCUUCUACUGUUGUACCAACAACACCAAACACUCCUAAAUUUCUGAUAACCGAUAUCCUUGUUACCACCAACGAGUCAACAACCACAAAGAAACCGGUAAAUGAAGACAACGAUGAAGACGAGUCUAAUAACACUGGUAGCGUGGAAACAAUCAAUAUUAUAGACCCGUUCUAUGGAGGCAUGCGACAAGAUCUUGUACGGAACACCAAUAUGAUACAAGAUCUCAUCAAUAGGCUAGCGGUUAUAGAGUAUGGAAAGAACUUGCACGCAAUGGACAAAGCACACAAGAAACAACAAGGUACAGAACUGGUGGUCAACAGUGUAUUAAACGAAUUAGUUAAACUUGAAAAUAAAAGGUCUAAUGAAAGUAAGACCCAUCAUGAUUCUAUCCAUAGGAGAUCAACUUACGGUACAACUCGUCAGACCAGAUUUACUCGGAGUUCGACAACUCCUUCUCCGCCUGUUACGACACCGCCUAUGAGUAACAGUUCUUACUUUCUGGCAAAUAACGAUACAAAUCCUACUGCGAGCAAUGACACUAUGGUUAAACCCCUGUCUAUUGAGGACAUCCAUUCGUUCUUGCAUACAUUGCCAAACAGUAAUGAUAUUCUUAAAAGGUUGGCUGAUAUUUUCGCUAACAAUAAAUCGACUCCUGCAGCAGCCACGUCGAAGACGACACGAACAACAGUAUCAACGACAACAACAACAAGUCGACAUCAAACUUCACCUUAUAAUUCUACCCCAAAUACCUCUAAGACAACGCGGCGAGUGUACCUUACUUCUGGUGUCACCAAACCAACAACUAUCCGCGUUACUAAAGAGUAUCUGGUACCAGAGGUGACGCACGAAAGCGGUCUACCUGCUCGAUUUUCGUUGACCUCUGUUAACGGGGACAUCAGUUUCGGGGAUGAAUCUGCGAGACGUUUGAACAUGCUCCGUAUACCUUCAAGUGGUCACUUCGACAGGACAAAUAAUCACAGAUUUAUGGACAGAAUGCUGAAAACCACACGAAAAACUGAGCAGUUAACAACAACGACGGAGAAAACGGUAGUGACAACACCAGCACACACCGCAGUUUUUAGUCUGCAAAAUGGACAGAAAAACAGCCAUUUUGCUGUCUACGGCACACAGGUAUGGGACAAAAGUGGUCAGCAUCACGUUAAGGGACAUAACAAAAUCGACCAUAUUCAUCAUGGCCCGUCAAGUUACCAAAGGGAGACAACUGUAAGGUUUAGACCGAAGAUUACAACAAGCAAAACAACUCACCUACCGGAAAGUAGACUAAUGGUGACUGGUCGUCCAGGAAAUCAUCAACAUACAACAGCCGCAUUCUCCAUUACCAUGAAAAGCCCCACAGCUACUACGAAUAUUGAAAACCAUUACAGAAGCGAACACUUACCAGGAAGUAACCUAUUAGAUAUUUCUCCUUUCAUGCCAAUGUUUGGACAAGACAUAAUGCCAGUAGAAGAAAACAGGAAACGCAUUGAACCGAACCUAAACAACAUCUUUUCUGAGGCAUUAAAAAUACAGUCACCGAACGGAAUGCAAAUUAAACAACUUCCUAGGGCGAAGCGUACGUCGUCCGGUCGCCAUACGAUAGCAUGA